UUCGUUUGUCCUGAACUGCUUAGCAACGACUCACGCGAAUUGUAUUUACAUUGAUCGAACUGCAUUCGGUUUUCCAUUCAAAGAGAAGGUGUUUCAUUUGCAUGACGUUUUAAAAUUCUUAAUUAAAGAAGUAGUAAUAUAUCAACACAAUGUCCAUUUCAACAAAUGUUGCCAGCAAACCUGUUACCCAUUUCGCCCCAUCAGAUUGGCACACAAGCAACCAUCUAAUCUCAACAAAUGCUGUAAAACUACGGGACAAUUCACACAGCCAGCGCCAGCAGGCCAGACAGCUAAGAAAUGAGACCGAUAACCGCACAGCAUGGGGUAUUCAUGACAACACAACAAGGCUUUCAAAUAGAAUAGAUGAUAUAGAAAAUUGGCGGCAGACACUGGAGAGAACUUUGAGAGACAUCGAUGAAGAGAUCUCAAAAUUAACGGCUGACAAGGAUCUUGCAGAGAAAGCAUUGGAGGCCAAAGCUCUACCAUUAGACGUAGCCAUCGAAUGCCUCACAUACAGAGAUGGACGUAGGGGCAUUGAUGUAGUGGAUGACAAGGCUAACUCUGAGCUUGAAAAGGAAGUGGAAGUGAUAGAUGGCAUCAAAGAACAAUUGCAGGCAAAAAUCAGUGGAGCCUUUGAACAGUUGUGCUUGUUACAGGAGGCCAGGCAGCAACUAGCUGCAGAUCUACGUGACAAGUCAGAGGCAAAGAAGAUUGACACAUACUGCCAUGAUCUGUCAAUCGACUCGCCAGACAUCUGCUACCAACCGAACUCAACACGCACACCUAAAGGGAGUGUAACGCCACAAACAUGGGAGGAUUUCAGUCGAUAUAACAAGCAACGUGCGGAUGCAGAGAUGACUGCCUCAAACAGGCUACGUGAAGCCAUUCACAGUACAAUCGCACAGACAGAUAAUGACCUUGAGGCUCAGCGAGAGGCUACAGAGUUUGCCCUACGUAAACGAAUCCAUGAAAUGAAGCAAGCUAAGGAUGAGGAUGAAUGGCAGAAAAAGAAUACGGAGGAAGAAAUAAAAGAGAUGGAAAAUGAUAUCCGCAACCUAGAGCAGUCCAUCCGUGACAAAGAAAAUCCAUUGAAGCUGGCAAUGACCCGACUGGAGAACCGAACAUAUCGACCAAACGUAGAGCUCUGCCGAGACAAUGCACAGUAUGGUCUUGUGAACGAGGUCCAUGAAAUACAAGAUAGUAUAAAAGCAUUAAAGAACAAACUUAUGGAUGCACACAAUGCUCGUGAUGCACUGGAGAAGCAGCUGUACCGCAUCAACCAGGAUCUAGAAUUAAAGAACAACUCAUUGGAUCUAGAUAAUAAAUGCAUGCAAGACCGACAACGACUGACCUCUGCACCUGUCACGCAGUCCACCAAAAAUCUUGCAACUUUCGCCACAGAUAGAGCCCUAUAUACAGCAAAAUCUUCCCUCUAUGCUUAAGAAAAAAAAAAAAUCACCAAAGACUUAUUUAUCUGAUAUAAUCAUGUUAGGUGUAGUAAGGCACUGAUUAGAAGAAAUUGUAUAAAGAAAUUGUCUACAUGCAAGUUUUUAUCACAAUCAGAUGUGUGAUUUUGUGGUACAGUAUGUAUAAAAAAAUAAAACAUGAUGAAUUCUGUGAGGAUCAUAUUUGAUUGGUUUUAUUAAGACAUGCGGUCAACUUGUGUAUUUUACGAGAAUUUUAAUUUUGCACAACACCAUAUACAGUGGCACCUGGCUGGCAUAGUUAUUACGUUAGAUUUAUAAUGGUAAUAAUUCGAACGUAACCAGAUAAAUAGAUUAACAAGCAAUUAAACAGUUCUCAACAGGAUUCUCAUGUUUGCAAGACCAAUGAAACAACAACCACUUGACCUUGAAUAUUGUAUUGUUUUCAAGCUCAUUUAGGCCAAGUAAAAUAAAAGUAGUUUCUAGUCCUAAUAUAUUAGAAAAAAGGUGAAUGAUGGCACAAUUCAUAUCACAUGAAUGAUCGAGAGAAGAUUUUACUGAUGAGGGAUAGCCAGAUUUUAGUACAUUUCGUAAAAUAAAGGAAAUAAAAAGAAAAAUUUAAAAAAAAUUGGUAAGGCAGAGAAAAUGGAUGCGUGAAUAUGACAGGAACUAUAUUGUCAACGUUGUGCUAAUACCUGGAAGAAUGACAUGAAAUUAAUAUUUAAAUUGCUAACUUUGUUAUAUUUAGGUUAGAGUAGGUUGCAGUUGAAAAUUAGAAGAAAAAACAAAUACUCAAUUAACACAUACAUAUACUAUUCCUAUUGGCCUAUACUUCGCAUAUACCCUACAUUUGGCUGGUAUUUUUUUAGUAAAAGUUUUGUAAAUCAGCAAGAAUGUAUUUGUUUCCAUCUGUGUAUAAUUGGAGGCUUAUUUUGACUCUUCGAUGUUUUUUUUAUGACACAGAAAUUGAUAAGAAACUAAAUAUUUAAAUAUAAUUAACAAAAUAUCAAUUCUGAGUGCUUAAUGAGAUGUACGUAUAAACUACAAUGCCAUAUUUAAUGUAAAUACAAAUUGUUAAAUUAAUUCGUAAUUAUUGUCCGAUUAAGUUGACAAUUUUCCAUAUUUUGAUAUAUGGUAAUCAGUGUCAGGACAAGGAGGUAUAAACUCCUUGGUCAGGGUACAAGAAGUAAUUGUGAUGUAUUUGUAAAGUAGUUAUUCUCAGAAGUCUAUCAAAUAAAUUCCGAGUAAAUAAUAUUGCUCUCGGAAAUGCAUUAGAGUGUUGCGGUUGAAAUAAAUGCCUUGUCCUUAUGAAAA